AACCUAGUUUUUGAUAGCUCAAGCUGAUAGGGUUGGUGUUUUAAAUUUUUACAAAAGUUUUUAUUCUAACUAAAGAAUAGUUAUUUGCAACAAUAUUUUUAAUUAAUAAACGUAAAUCACAAAGAUGUGCUUUCCAAAUUUCUCAUCGAAAACAUCGUAGCGAUUUCUCAGUUAUUGUAAAUCUUCCAAACAAAUAAUCUCAUAAAUUAGAGGUUAGACUGCAGGGUAGUGUUGAUAAUGCAGAACGUUAUUGUUUUUAAAAAGUCUAACAAAACUCGGCACUUAUAAUGAGUGGACAAACUCUUAAAUCACAAGUAGAUGGGGAUUUCGGGGUCCCCGAGGGCUCGACAGGAGGAGGGGAGGUGCUGCGUGCUUUAUACGACUUCAAAGCAACAAUUGAGCAGACGUUAGACUUUGCAAGGCAUGAUGUAUUCAUUCUGCACUCUUCUAGCAACAAGAAAAAGAACUGGUGGCAUGUCAUUAAUGCCCAGGGGAAGGUUGGCUACAUACCUUCCAACUAUGUUGAAACUGUCCAGGUUAGCAGCGCAUACCUGGCAUCAUUCAUCUCGCGCUGCAUGCAGUCGAUAGAGCGCAGCCUUGGGGGCGGCGAGAGCGGGGGCGGCAAGCGGCACCAGCUGCUCAAGGAGUUGGCCGAGCGGAAGCGGCGGGCGGAAGGCGGACUGAGGUCUCCAAUUCCGCCUAGGCCGCCUACAAGGUCUAGCUGUCCCACCUCCAGUUGUCCCGCAUCGCCUUACGCUACCGGCAGUACUCCCACAAAGACAUUGAAGAAAUCAGCCACCGUCGGCCAGUCUAUCGGUUCGAGCGUGAAACCACCCGAGGAGUCUCUCUCGACCAAUGAGAGUGCACCAGAUUUGCCGGCAGCCAAUGAGGAAGAGGCACCGACAGAGCUGGCCAAUGAGGAAGCAGCAGCCGAUCUGCCAGUAGCCAAUCAGGAUGCAGAACAGGAGGAGACAGCCAAUCAGAGUGAAGCUACGGUAGAGCCGACUAAUCAGGAGGAUGUGGAGCCUCAGACUGCUUCAAACGGUGAAAAGGUCGAUGAAGUAUCGGCUGAGGAUACUUAUCUUCUCGUUCAGAAGGUUCGUUUCCACACGGAGCUGAGCUACGAAAUGUCUCGCGUAGCAGUGGGCGUGGUUGUCUCCAAUCUACUGCAACUGCUUCCUCCGACCGCGACGCCACCCCUCGAGACCCUGUUGGGUCAACUGCGGGGUGGAGCCGAGUGCGAAGGGCCACCCGUCCAACUGCUCGACCAGAGCCACGACGCUGAACGACUGGCCGUUGUGUUAGGUGAGUUGGUAGCCUGUAAGGAGGAUGCUCAACAGCGUAGCUGGGAAUUGUACGAAGAUGAGGACGCCAUUAUGGAAUAUCUGCAGGAGUUCACCAGUAUUAUUAAAAACGCAGACCCGGCGAUAUCGCGACGCGUUUUGUCGCGCGACAAAUGCUGGCAGCUGGAGACGCUGCUGGACUACUACCAGAUGGAGGUGCGAUGGAGCAUACGUAGUCUGCUAUUGGACGCGUUUCUGGCCGUGUGCGCCCUUCAUCGCACCUUUGUGCACCUGUUUCUCAAUUCGGUGCUGCCUGUCGAGUUGGCCAGAGACAUGCAGAGCAACGUGAAAGACGUCCCGAAACUGAUCAACUCUGCCAAACUGCUGACUGUGAUAUUAUCUAUGGGCGAGCCCAUGCCUAUACCCCAUCUAGAGCAACUCGGCGAGGAAUUCGUGGACUUUCUCCUGUCUCUGAUCGAGGAUCCGCCAGACCGCAACGAGCAGAUAUCCGAGGAGUUCUUUGUGGUGCUCGUCUCUUACAAUCUGCAAUUCCCGCCGCAGGCUCCCAACAUUGUCGUCGAGGCAUUCGCGCAACGAACCUAUGCCACCAAUUUCACCGAGAAACUCCUCUUCAUGCUCAACAGAGAAGAUGACCCAGUGCGCAAUCACACAGCAAAUCAAGUACCGAAUUCAGUGCUGAAAUUGAUAGUGGACAUAUUCGUGUCACGCAAAGCGGCCAACCUGUUCUACACCAAUGACAUCAACGUACUCAUCGACAUCAUUGUCAGGCAGCUUACAGAUCUGUCACCUGGCGAUGAGGUAAAAACGUCGCAAUACCUGCAGCUGUGCCGACUGGUCCUGCGCAACACGGACUACGCCGAGAGUCAGCACAGAUGCGACGACCUGCACAAGUGUUUCAUCCACAUUUUCUGCGAGGAGGCUGAGGCCAGCCGACCUGAUCAGGCGCUCGUGCGAGAUAUUUCCAACGAGUUCCCGCACUACUUCAAGACCUGA